CCCGUUUCUGUGACUCCACCUUUGGCCUCCCAGCGUUUUUUCCUAUGAUGGUAUCCGCUUGGGAUCAAAACUUCCGCGUCAUAGCUGGGUCCUGGCUUCGCGGUCCCUGAUGGGAGAGCCUGAACAGGUCGUAUGUGCAACCCUCUUUUAGUUGCCUACCCCGGGACCCUGACGACUGUGUAUCCAUCUCUGCUCACCGCUCCCUCUCUCCAUCACAUCUUGGCCUGCAAACAAGAAGAGGGGCAAGUUACUGGUGUUCUUGGAGGUUCCUCUUCAGAUAGGUCUUUGGACUGUAUGAUGAGGUGGAGCGGGAUCUUGGAGCCAGAGAUCAGGGAACCUGCCACCUCUGAGCAAGUUGCAAGGCUUCUGGACUUGGGGUCAGAGUGGGACGAGGCGUCUCAGCCACAUGAGGCUACUUCUUAUUCCAGCCCAGACCUGCAAAAGGGACCUUAUCAUGACCAGGACCUGGUGAAGAAGCGCCACAGCACAGCCAAGAAGUCCUUGGAGUCUGGUUCUUCCAAAGUAAAAGUCAAGAACACCAUUCCUGAUUCUCAGAAGCUCUUGCAAAGCGAACUGGAGUCACUCAAGAGCCAACUGCAGGCUCAGACCAAGGCUUUCGAGUUCCUGAACCACUCCAUGACCAUGCUGGAGAAGGAGAGCUGCCUUCAGCAGAUCAAGAUCCAGCAGCUUGAAGAGGUGUUGAACCCCACAAGCCGCCAAGGAAAGAAGGAGAGCGGUAGCACUGAGCAGGGCCGACAAGAGCUAUAUGGAGCCCUGGCCCAAGGCCUGCAGGGGCUGCAGAAGACACUGAGGGAUGGCGCGGAGAUGCAACGGGCCCGAACCACCCGCUGCCUGCAGCUGCUGGCCCAGGAGAUACGGGACAGCAAGAAGUUCCUGUGGGAGGAGCUGGAGCUGGUGCGGGAAGAGGUGACAUUUAUCUACCGGAAGCUCCAGGCCCAGGAGGAAGAGAUCUCUGAAGAUGUUCUCAAUAUCCAGAAGAUGCAGAAAAGACAGGUGAAAUGUCGCAAGAUUCUGACUAAGAUGAAGCAGCAGGCCUAUGAGCCAGCUUCACGACCAGAGACAGAGGAGGUUCUGGUGGAAGGCAAUGACUGCUGGGAGGAUAAUCUACAGAAGGAGCUGUGUGACAUAUGGUCUGCUGUUCAUAGUCUUCAGAGCUCUAUCAACUGUCUUAUCUUGUCCACUGGCUCCCGACCCAGAGCCUCCAGUCUUAGGGGCUACAAGGGGCACUGGUGCCUGAGUCCUCCGUACCCCUCGUGGGACUCUGAUUCUGACUGGGAAAGGCCGUUCAGCAAGAGUGGACCCUUUCCUACUGCUUGGGCAGCCGGGACUGCUUUCCUUGAAGACCCGUCCAGAGAGAAAAUAAACUAGCUGAGACUUUCCUCCA